AUGCCUGCCGCUAGGGCUCGCGCCCUGUUUUCGGCGACGCGCACCCAUUCACUGCCCCGCGUCGCCCUCGACAGCCCUGCGCACAUCCGACACCUCGACGCCAGAUCUUUCCGGACGUCGUCACCAAGGCGCGCUCGCCCGGAUGACACCAAUGCUAGCAGAGGUGAAAACGAACUGCCCGACAAGCCGGUUGCUGAUGACGGCUCUCCCAGCAAGGCCGACGAGACCCAGAAGCCCAAUGAUGCCACCCCGACUCCAACCUCGACGACCCCGACCCCGAGCACAGAUGCAUACAAAGAGUCAUUGAGGAGCCAGGGCUACGGAUCCUCCCGAGUCCGGGCCCUGAGAGGAAGGACGGUGGACGAGGCCCCCCCAUUCAACCCCCCCGCCUGGUUUACAAGGAAUCAUGUUUCCCUCCUCAAUCCACGGCGCAUCGCCGGCCAGGAGGACACGGAGCAUCUCCUGAAGGAACUCUCAAAAGCUGAGCUUAUUAACGGUUCAGAAGUUGAGCAUAUCAUACAGAACUUCAGCUCUGGCAAUCUCGAACGGCUCUUGGACCGGUUACGGCCAGUGCAGUCCCUAUUCCAGAGCCCCUUACUCAAGCGCCCCGAUGGACCCGAGCGCUCAGCAUGUCUGGAACUUCUAGCCACGGCCCGGACUGAGCUGGCCGCUGUCGGCCCCCAUAACACGCCGUCAAGGAGACUGAACCGGCCAGUUACGGUUCUGUCACCCUUGAAUUACAAAGGCCACAACGUGGCAGCGACUGUCAUCAGAGACAUCGCCGCCGAACUUGAGGCAGAUGUGGUGCAUUUGGACGCUUCAAGCAUCGCCCGCAUUGUUGGCGGUUACCUGGGACAAACUCCAUACUGGUCAAGGAGUUCAACCUCCAUGCUCGGCUAUGCUGCUGCUGAGAUGAACGGAAGGCUCCUGCCAAGGUCGGACUCAGGGUCCGACCCUGAGGAUAUCGGCAACUUAUUCAUCUCCAUCCCUUCCCGUAUGAGAUCUGUCACGCCUAGAAAGGAUUCCUUCCUGCUUGGAGGAUCCUCCGAUGACCGAUGGGACGAUAUCAAGAUCGGCCGAGUCCUGGAGCAACUCAUCGAAGCUGCCGAUAUCAGACGGAAAUCUAGCACCCAGUCUCCAACCCGAAAAAACCUGAUCGUUCAUAUCCACGAUUAUCUGGAGCUAAACUCCUUGGCCGAAGGCAUCGUAAACAAGAUCCGGUCGAUUGUCGACCGUAUGUGGCAGAACGGAAGACGAGCCAUUCUCAUCGGCUCAUCGUCGAGCGACAUCCAGACUGCGCCCCAGUGGCGGACGCUUUUGCAGAUGAGCAAGGAAGACUUUCAUGUAAUACCAUUCCACGUGUCUGAGAAGUUCCAUGACAAAGUCAAGUGGGAGAAGAGGGAGGCCAUUCAGGAAAACCUGGACAACAUUAGCACCAUGAUUCGGUCGCUUGUGGGUAACUCGCCUUCAAUCGCGUUCAGCCCCGAUUUGGUCGACGACGGCAUGACCACUACUAGCCCGGCCGUUGACCUAGGCAAGGGCAUCUACGAUGUCCAGUGGGUCUACCGGAUAGCCACGUUGAUGCUGGGCAGCGAGACUUCACGUCCCCCUAAAUUUGACACGGCCCUUCUGAGGAAGGCCCUCAGCACAAUGGAGGCCAGGGAUAAGCAAUGGGCAGACCUUUACCCCGUCCAUCCACCCUACUUCUCACCGGUGUUUACUGCCGGCAAUUCAAACGAUCACCCCUUCAUGUCCAUGGAUCCGGAGGAAUCGGGGGACAGCAGCAGCAGCAGCAACAGCACGUCGAAGAAUUACGACAGCCACGAGAAGAAACUCCUCUCGGGUCUGAUCAACGCCAAGGACAUCCGCACCACGUUUGACGACAUCAUCGCUCCGGAAGCCACCAAGGAGUCCCUCAUCGCGCUGACGUCCCUCUCCCUCGUCCGGCCCGAGGAGUUCUCGUACGGCGUCCUCAAGACGGAGCGGAUACCCGGAUGCCUCCUCUACGGCCCGCCCGGCACAGGCAAGACACUCCUGGCCAAAGCCGUCGCCAAGGAGAGCGGGGCCAACAUGCUCGAGGUGAGCGCCGCCAGCAUCAACGACAUGUACGUGGGCCAGAGCGAGAAGAACGUGCGGGCCGUCUUCUCACUCGCGCGCAAGCUCUCGCCGGCCGUCAUCUUCCUCGACGAGGCGGACGCGCUCCUGGGCUCGCGCCACUCGGGCCACGGGCGCGCCGCCCACCGCGAGACCAUCACCCAGUUCCUGCGCGAGUGGGACGGCCUGACCGACAUGCGCGCCUUCAUCAUGGUCGCCACCAACCGGCCAUUCGACCUCGACGAGGCCGUCCUCCGCCGCCUGCCCCGCAAGAUGCUCGUCGACCUCCCCCUGCGCGCCGAGCGCGAGGCCAUCCUCCGCGUCGUCCUCCGCGACGAGGCCCUCGACGACGGCGGCGGCGCGGGGUCCGGCGCGGGGGUCUCGCUGUCCGCCCUCGCCGCCGAGACGGAGCUCUACUCGGGCUCAGACCUCAAGAACCUCUGCGUCUCGGCCGCCAUGCACGCCGUACGCGAGGAGGUCCACGCCCAGAGGGCCGCCACCGCCUCCGCCGCAACAGCAGCAGCAUCAGCAGUAGUAGCCGGCAACGUCAGCCCUGCAGACGAGUGCGCCUCCCCCUCCUCCUCGCCCGAUACCGACAAAGAGGCCGCUACCGCCACAGCCACGGCCAGCCCCGCGAAGAGGAGGGUUCUGACGCGCGCGCACUUCGACCGGGCGCUCGCCGAGAUCAGCGCCAGCAUCAGCGACGACAUGGAGAGCCUCAAGGCGAUCCGCAAGUUCGACGAGCAGUACGGCGACGGCGGCGCGCGCGCCGGCCGCCGCAGCCGGAGCCGGCGCUCUAUCGGCUUCGAGGUCGUGCCUGGGCCGGGGGGUUCCGAGGAGGCGAGGGUGCGGAGGGCGGUCGCUUGA